GCAACAAUGGCGCAUUUUCUGUCUACAGUGGACGAGCCUUCCUUCAAGAACGCUAUCGAAGCAAACAAACUCGUCAAAGUGUGUGACAUAUCUUCUUCUAGCGACAUGUCCGGCACGUUUAUUAGAGGAUUCGUUCACAUCAAAUGGCCGUCUAUGGUUAUCCGGGAUACUUUACAACUGAAAAUCAUCUUGAAAUCUCUACCGUCGGACACUUCAAGUUCACUUAAUGAAAUUACGGUUUAUUUGCGAGGAAAGUAUGCAGACGAUUGUGAGCAGCUUGCUCUAAAAGACUUUGUUUGGCUUUUCUCUCCUAAUGUUGACUUGGCACCUAAAGGGAAAUCUGAUGAUCAUCACAAUUUGCUUUAUAUGUCAGAUGAGUUUAAAACAGGCCCUUUAUAUGUUCUUAAAUCAGACAAACCAUCUCGUUCAACAGGAAACACCAAGCGGCCUGCACAUUUGCUCGAUAUUGAUCCUUCUCUUAUGAAUCCUUCAAAGAAGGCAGAAGCACAUUCUAUUCUAUAUCAAUACAAACAACUUGGUGAAUUGAGAGAUGGAGAAACGGCUAAUGUGUAUGGAGUUGUGAAGUUUUUUAAGCCACCGUAUGCAAGCAAGGGAACAGAUUUCACGUGUCUUGUGAAUCUUGUCGAUCCUUCUUGUCCUGACGGUUUCAGAUGUGUGAUGUUCAGUAAAGAAGAGAAACUGUUGCCUCACAUCAGAACAACAGGAGAUAUUGUAAGAAUUCAUAGACUCAAGGUUCAAACAUAUCAGAGUAACUUACAAGGCGUAGCACAGAAAGGCCUUUCUUGUGUUGUAUUUGAUGGCAAACAGGGACAACCGUUUGAUGCGAGAUCAGGUCAUAGGAAUAUAACAUUUACGGACAACGACAAGAAGACAGUGGAGUCUUUGAGAGAGUGGACUGUCCAGCAGACUGACAUGUUAGACAAACGCACUAUUUGUUACUUGAACAUCAUUCAACCGUCUACCCAUUUUGAUCUCAUUUGUCAGGUUGUUGGAAUCGCAGAAGUAAGUCAACAUUCGUGUACAAUUAUUCGUGUUUGUGAUGGUUUUCAGCCACCAGCAAAUGUGAAGAGAGCACUCGUUGAUAUGCAACAGUUUGAUCAACAGUUGGCAAGUAUGGUGGAACAAGACGGAUAUUUUAGUGAUGUGUUUGCAUAUGAUGAUCAUUCAGUAACUGCAGCAAAGCUGAAGCCUGGACAAUAUAUCUGUUUGCGCAACUGCCAUGCUGUGGUCAUUGAAUCGACAUCUGGUCAAGAUGAAGACAACCCCUCUUCACAACUUGUUCAGAUCUGUCUCCAUAAAGGCACAGCAUAUGGUCGGGGAAUAGUAAUUCUGUCAGAGACAGACGACAAUGUGAUGGAUUUGAAGAAGAGGAUGUGGGAUGGAAACGGCCGUAAAGACGAAUCUCAAGAGCAAGUGAUAAGUCGCCUUCUGAUAUCAAAUAGUGAUAAAAUAAAAUUUUCAACAAUUGAAGACAUCAUAGAGCAUCCUAAAGUUCCUGGAGUGUUUCGUUGUCAAGCAAAAGUUACCAAAGUGUUUCCAUCAAUGUCGAAUGAAUGGAAACGAUUCGUGUGUUCAAGAUGUCAUUAUGGGAAAAACACAGCGUGUUUAGUUGAUGAUGAUAUGAUAGGAUGCCGUGCUGGGGGAAGGUGUGACUUUCAUGAAGACAAGCUGUUUUAUAUCUAUCUUACUGAUGACUCAUGCACCUUGGAAGUGAUUGUGUGUUCAGAUGAUUUGAUGGACUUUGUUGGUGGAAAUCAGCAACAAAACAAUGAUGAAUCUCUGACGAAGAGAUUGGAAGCAGCCGCAUCCAUUCUAACUUCAAGAAACAAUCACAACAAGCUUCCAGUGAUAGACUGCCUUUUGAAGUCAUACAGUAAUGUUGUAGGAGUUAUCAGAUAUCGCAUAUUUGGAACUGUGCUGAUAAUGUAGGAUAAACGUAAUGCCUUAUAGUAAGUGAGUUAGAGUGAGCACUUGAACAGUUUGUAGUCGAACAGUGUAGAGACUAACACAAUGUUUAGUUGUUUCAUGGAAGCAUAAUUCUUACCAUUUGGAGAUAGAUAAUACACUUGUAC